AUGAUUCAAUUCACGCCUCUUUUGGGAGCUCAGUCCACUUCGCCAGCAUCUCAGUCUUUGUUAGAACUGGAUGGGGGAGUAAAGGUUCUCAUAGAUGUUGGAUGGGAUGGAGAUUUCGACGUCGCAAAGCUGAAGGACCUAGAGAGACAUGUGUCUUCACUAUCCCUCAUCCUCCUCACCCACGCGACUCCAGCUCAUAUAGCAGCCUUCGCUCAUUGCUGCAAGCAUCUACCGUCGUUUACACAGAUACCCGUCUACGCCACGGCACCCGUCAUCUCUCUGGGCCGCACGCUUUUACAAGACAUCUACUCUUCUACGCCUCUCGCCUCGACCAUAAUACCCCAAAGCUCUCUCAGAGACAGCUCUUUCAGCUACUCGUCAUCGAGCACCGAAAGCUUCCCCCAAAUACUUCUACAACCACCUACGUCCGAAGAGAUCGCCUCAUACUUCGCCCUCAUCCAUCCGCUCAAAUACUCUCAACCUCACCAACCUCUACCGUCGCCCUUCUCACCGCCACUGAAUGACUUGACCAUUACCGCUUACAAUGCAGGACACACGCUGGGCGGCACGAUAUGGAGCAUACGGCAUGGUAUGGAAUCGAUUGUCUACGCGGUGGACUGGAAUCAAGCUCGAGAGAAUGUGCUCGCUGGUGCCGCGUGGCUGGGAGGGUCUGGUGGCGGAGGUGCGGAGGUGAUUGCAGAGCUUCACAGGCCCACGGCUAUGAUCUGCAGUGCGAGAGGAGCAGAGAGGAAUGCUACUGCAGGUGGCCGCAAAAAGCGAGAUGAGAUGCUUCUCGACAUGAUACGGAGUGCUGCUGCCAAAGGAGGGACCGUUCUGAUUCCGACAGAUACCAGCGCAAGAGUGCUGGAGUUGGCCUACAUUCUGGAACAAGCAUGGCGGAAAGAAUAUUCGGACACUACGAGCGACAGCCCCUUGAAGAAGACAAAGCUAUACCUAGCAAGCAGGAAUGUCGGCGCGACAAUGAGAUAUGCCCGAAGUAUGCUUGAGUGGAUGGACGAGGGUGUUGCCCGGGAACUUGAAAACGAGCACGGCAAUAAUACCAAUCGACAGCACAAGCGAAAUACAAGCAAGCAAACGCCGAAUCAGGACCCUGCAGGCCACCCAUCAGGCAAAUCAAGUACUCCUUUCGAUUUCAAGUAUUUGAAGCUUCUCGAGCACCGUAAGCGCAUCGAGAAGAUGAUGUCGACUAAGGCCCCUAGAGUCAUUCUUGCCAGCGAUAGCUCGCUCGAAUGGGGCUUCUCGAAAGAGAUCUUACAGCGUAUCGCAUCAGAUCCCACAAAUCUAAUCAUUCUUACUGAAGACUAUGGCAACGAGAGCAGCGAGCAUGAGCUCAAGGAUGGUCUGAGAAGUACGCUAUCGAAGUGGUAUCAUGAGCGGAGAGACGGUGUGGCCAUGGAGACAGGACAAGAUGGCCAGAACAUUGAACAAGUCUACGCAGGCGGCCGAAAUCUUUACUUCAAGGAUGCUCAAGGCGUGCCUUUAGAAGGAAAGGAAUUAUUGAUCUACCAGCAGUAUCUUGCAUCACAGAGACAAUCGCAAAGUUUCUCACGAUUGAGCAACGGGACGGAUCUGGAGGCCUCAGCUGAUGCCGUUGAGGAGACAUCAUCCACAAGCUCUUCCUCCUCGGAAGAAUCGGAUCCAGAGCGUCAAGGGAAAGCCCUUAAUACCUCCGCCAAGACUGCGCGCUUCAAUCGCAACAAAACAGAGCUGGGAAAGGAGGUACUGGGCGUGAACGUACUGCUGCGUCAGCCAGGCGUGUACGACUACGACGUACGCGGCAAGAAAGGAAGAGAGCAGAUGUUCCCUUUCGUCAACAAGCGGCGGCGCGGUGAUGACUUUGGCGAUCUGAUCAGGCCUGAAGACUACCUCCGGGCUGAGGAACGGGAUGAAACUGACGGCCAAGAUAUACGAGACCAUGGACCUCGAAAGCAGGAAGGUUUCGGCCAGAAGCGAAAAUGGCAGGACUCGGGGUUGCAAGGUGACAGCGGACGACAGGCCGAUGGACCGAACAAAAGACGGCAACCAGCAAUGCCUUCUGGCAAUGAAGCGCUGGCUAACGGCACCGGUGCCUCCAUCAUCAACGGUCGCGGUGGAAACGAGGAAGAAGACUCGCUUGGCGAGUCGGAGGGUGAACCAGAAGAGCUUGCAGCCGGACCUUCCAAGAUCAUAUUCAAAAGUCAAUCCGUCGAAGCAAAUCUGAGAAUCGCAUACGUUGACUUUGCAGGACUUCACGACCAGCGAAGUUUAUCAAACCUUAUCCCUCUCAUACAGCCCAAAAAGCUCAUACUCGUUUCCGGAAACGCUUCCGAGACAAGAUUCCUUGCGGAUGACAGCCGACAGAAGGUCAAGAAUGAAGCGGUAGACGAUAGCGGCAAGAACGUCGACUUUGUCUUUACACCAUCUAAUGGCCAGACCAUCGAUGCGAGUGUAGAUACUAAUGCCUGGACUGUCAAGCUUAGCGAAGCUCUUGUUCGACGCCUCCACUGGCAGAACGUGAGAGGCCGAAGCGUUGUCACCCUGAUGGGUCAUUUGGCCGCCACCACACUUGAUGAAGCAGUAGCGGAUCCUAGCAGCAGGAAGAAGCUAAAGCUGCUCGUCGACGAGAAGGAGGAGUCGAAGCUCGAUGACGUUGCAUCAGCGUCGGAGAAGGCACCCGAGCUUGCACCUACGCUAAAUGUCCUUCCUGCGAGUCUGGUGGCUGCUACGCGCUCUGUCGCCCAGCCCCUACAUGUGGGCGACCUGCGACUGGCAGACCUCCGAAAGAUCUUGCAAUCCACAGGACACACGGCCGAAUUCCGCGGCGAAGGAACGCUCCUGAUUGAUGGACUUGUUGCAGUGCGUAAGUCCGGCCCUGGGAAAGUAGAGGUCGAGGGUGGCGGUCUGAGUCUCCCAGAGCUACGGACCCGGACUUUGGAGGGGUCUUUCUAUGCAGUCAAGAGGAAGAUUUACGACGGGUUAGCUGUUAUUGCUGGAGGCUAA